GAAAAUGGUACUGGAUGCAAACGCCGCGGCGCAAGAAACAAUCAUUGGUGACAAAAAGUCAGGAAACAGGGGACACAAGAGACUUCCUCGAGAUUGGUCUUCUCGGUCUUCCUGUCUCUCUCCUCCUGCGUGUCCUGUCGCUAUCUUUCCCUGUCGAUCCCGCACUUCUUACGGAUUAGCGUCUUCCCUUUUACACCACGUUUCUCUCUCAUUUUAGAUGUUCACCUGGAGAUGCAUUCCCACUUAGUUGAGAGGCGCCCUACGCACAGUAGCCUUUGUCUCCCUCGAUCUCUCGAGCUUAAACCUCUCGAUCUGGACAUGCGCAAGCCGUCCUCUGCAUCUAUGAAUUUCAGCCGCGACGGCGAAGUCGACAGGAAACAGGCUGUUUUCUAUCGUCGGAAAUGCUGUCAAUCCUCUUCCAUCCGUGUGGGAUUCGUCCACGCGGAGAAGCAAGCCCCUCGAUUUCAAGGACCUCUUGCCACGCCAAGAGUUUGUCCCCCGUUCCUCGUGGUUGAAGUGCGUGAAACGCGGAAAAAAAUCUUCGCCAUCAGUGAUUUGGUCGCGCGCUACACACGGUUUCCCUCUUGUUCCGGGACGCACACGUUGUCGCGUCUUGCCUUUUCUUCAGAACUAUCCUUUCUCUCGAUACAGAAGGAAACACACACCCUUCAGAUUUUUCCUCGUUUUGGAACACUCGAGAGAGUGACGCAGACGUUCGUGUUUCUUUUCAGCUGCAAGAAUAUCCAGUCCUCCUGCCGUCGGUGGGUGAAGCGGAAGUGUUCCGGAGCCACGUGCAGCCAGCAUAACUUUAGGGAGUGUGCGUCUCUAGGAAUGGGGUGAAAAAAAGACUAAUGGUGCUGGUGCAUCGGUUUGCUUCCGGUGUUGCCGGCGUACCUCGGUGACUGUUCGUCUCAGUGUUUUACCGGUUCUUCCGUGUCAAGCGGCCUUUUUUCGCUUGCGGUGGAAGUUGGAGAUCCGUGGCGCCGCGAAGAACGAAGUGACGUCUCCCGAGACGCGAAACCCACUUGUGUGUGAAGUACGCCUAACACAAUCGUGUCCUGCUUUCCUUGAACUCGCAAAAAUAUUUUACCACAGUGUCUCUAUUUACUCGACCUGCGGUAUACGAAUUUGAACCCACGACGCCACGAAAUAUGACGGAAUGUUUUUGAAUGUAACGGUACUAGCUGUAAACACAGGACUCUCUCGACAAUGGUUCGGCGGCCCGGGAGACGACUGAUCUGACUCCCAAGGAUAUGACUUCCCCACUGCUCUCAGAGAUAUGGUAUCGAGUUGCACAAAUUCGGUCAGUCUCAACUCUUUUAGGCAGCUAGUAUUGGUCGCCUCAUCGAUUCCUCUCCCUGAGCUCCUGUCGCUUGAGAAAACGUGUCUCAUGCGGUUUAAGCUUUCUCGGGGGCCCGAAGAAAACCACAGAACGGCGUUACCCCCCUCCGGUGCAACGAUGAUGGGCCAUGGAUCGGCUACGGUUCACAAGCGUCGUUAGCCUCGGACCUACGGGGUGCCCACUUCUUUCUUUUUGCCAGCAGUUUUGUUAUCCAAUCUCUCAACGCUCGUGCCUGCUUCACAGAUAGAUUCGAUUUGCGUUGCACACUGAAACACUCUCGCAUUCUUGCUGUUUUAGUGGAAGAAUACAUCGUCUCUCAAUCCGAAAACAGGGAACUGUGACUCGUGAAGGAAACCGCGCAGAGACCCGUCCGCCGCUACGGCAACGGCGCGAGAAGCAGCAAGCUUCGCGUUUGUUUCUUUUCCUUUUAGCCUCGGAGAGAGAGGGGACAGCAUGUGGAAACACGUGUUUAGCGAGCCUGUUCUAGGCUUUCUUUGGCAUGGCUUCUCACGUUCAUGGCUUCUUGUGCAAAGCCGUUUCUUUUGGAUGCACGGUCUUUGCCUCACCCGAAAGCUCGAAUUCUCCGAUUUUUAGUGAGGCCACCGAAUUCUGCGACACGGUAAUAUUUGGGAUUCCCGCCUUUUCUUGCUUCUUUCCUCUGUUCUUGGGACUCGGGAGAGCCCGCCUUCUCGGUACCCGGGCACUGCGCCAAGCCAUAGGCAUGGCAUGCGCUCCAAUCUUUUCUGCCGAGCGUGUCCGUUGCAUUUCUCUCCCCACAACCGGCUCGAGGCUGCGAGGCGAAACUUUCGGUUUCCACUCUCUCAAGCUCACCCGAAACUUUAUCUGCUCAACUGCCGGGUCGCGUCCGCAUUCAGUCGAGGCACCCUUCGGCGGCCCUCAUGGUGAGGCCAGCACAGCUCGAGCACAGCCCCGUUGUGCAGAAGCUCUCGUUGCGUUUGCAGCGAUGAUGAGGCAAAAUCUACGCGACUGAAAUUGGAAUACAGACCCACAGAACCGACUAGCGGAUGCCAGUGGGGCAGUUCUUCGAUGUUUGGCGCCAUCUGUCCGCCAACCCCCCGUUUAGCCCCCCUCCAAAAGGGCUCGAGUUUCGCAGACUGCGCUCAGACGCCUUCACAGGCGUCUUUUGUGUCAAAUACAGAAUGCGCGUUUCGUUGGAAGGCAAUGUGCGCGGGCUGUCGGUUCAGAACUUCAAGAACACGGGGUGCCGAGAGUGCCGGCUCGCUGCCUUUCCCCCGCUUAACGCGCGUUUCGCUCCGAGGCGGUGCAUCCUAACUCGAUUACUUUGAAGGCGGUUUUUCUGUUUCCUUUCUCAACAGAAGACUCCCAGCCCCCCUUUAACCACAGUUUCCGUGUCUCUGUGCGGCCUCUGCUUUUUGCGCAACUGGAUAGGCGAAAGGGCGUGUGCCCACCUGACCUUCGAACGCAGUGUGUUCUCCCCGGGUUCUUUCUGCUACGCGAAGAAACACGAAUUCUUCUGGCAAGACGCGCGUCACUCCUUUUAGGCCACGUCUGGAGCGUUCAGCGCCAACUAACACGCUCAACAGCGAAAGUUUUCUCGAAAGCUCGCACAACUGGGACGACUGAGGCAAACACAGAGCUGGCUGAUUUACAACAGUGCAAGUGUGCACCUCCCGCCGCGCGAUGGCAUAAUUCCACAUAGAGGAAUUUCGGAAUUUUUCAACGUUCUUCCGCAGGCUUCUCUCCUUGGUCUCUUCCUGUGCACGAACAAGCAGGCGCGUUUCUGCAGAGUCUAUCGAAGUGAACCCCCGUCUGGUGUAAGACAGAAAAGACUGGAACCCGGCGGCUGUGAAAGAGUGGACUUGUCGUCUCGACACACGUCUGGUAUUUCGUGUGGCGACAGACUACGGGGAAUUACCUCGGCGUUUCGCACCAAGCAGGACACCCCUGAUUUUCGCAGCUCGGCCUCAGCCACGCGGUGCGUCGAACAAGUUCCUGUUCCCAAUUUCAGGUGUUUCUCGGGUGUUCGUACACCUGAAAUCCCGCAAAUUGCGGACUCGGGAGUGGACGCGGGAGCUUUUAAGAGGGGGGAAUCGCACGGGCAGACACGCGUUAGUGGGCGGCAUUCCACCUUUCUUCUUUCGGCCGGACACGCUCGUAGCUAUCUGCUUAUUUCCCCCCAUGCGCGCGCAAUAUCGGAGAGCCGAGCGUCGGGAUGUGCUGGCGACUCUUCCAUUGAGGCUGCGCGAGGUCAGCUGUUUCCAAAGUUGUGCGUUGCGGCACUCGACGAAUUUUGCGCGACUGCGGCGCGAACAGGUCGCAGCCGGUAAAAAGAGUGUUUCCUUUCCCUACUUUUCCUGCUGUCUUGCGUGAGUGGACGCGGAUCCCUCGAGUUGUGGCAGGUGUGUCGUCCGGCGUGGCGUUCGUCGGACAUCUGCCUCGCCGUUCUCCUCCGUGACAACCCGUUUUUGUUCUCGCGGUCAAACCGCACUUCUUUCCGCAGUUGUCCUCGUUUCUGGCGCCCGCGCCUUUUCCCCUCGCCCUCUCUCUCUGUGUUGGAACGCGAGCACGCGUCUCCGCGGUACCUCGCUCGCAGGACCACCCGGCAGGGAGGGGUCUUUUCUUGCACAGCGUUCGUCUUUUCGUUUUUCGCCGGCUCUUCCCUGGCGGCUCGGACGAGAAACCUGGCCAUUUCGCGCGAUUCAGGUGAGUCGCAUUGCUGCGGCCUUUUGUCCCGAAUUCGCUUCCGUCCACUUCUGCAGCUUCCCCUCUCUCCCCGUCCAUCUGAACGCACAGGGUUACCAGAGAGAGAACCACGCCGCCUGCGGACGGCCGGCAAGCGUCUGCGUUGUCUACCUACCCAGAAGGGGCGUGGUGGCACAGAGCGAAGGGGGAGAACCCUGCUGCGCGCGCGCGAGCAGGGGACUUUUAGCGAGGAAUUCCGUCUUUGGGCGCGCUCGCGUUCUCGACGCCAGAUCUUUUCUCUUUUUCGCUCUUUCCCGUCCGUAUCUGUGCAAGAAAGAUGAGGGCGAAGAGUGAACGCGUCUACAAGCCGGGCGCCAAGGAGGAAUGGCGAGUGGUCUACUGGAUAUACCCUCAAGAAAAACUCAAAAACAAUCGCAAACAGGUUUCUUUCUCUUCCAUUAAAUAUGGAGACCAGGGAGCCCAGAACAAGGCGUGGGCAGUGAUUCGGUACAUCAACCACUUUGGGCGGGUGCCUGAGGACAUCAAGAACCCACCGAUGACUCUGGAGGCCUGCUGCAACUUGUGUUAUCCUCACUGCAUCAAAGAGCACGUAGCUUCCUGUCCGAACUGCGUCGAUCCCCCCACAGAGCGCUAUCACCACGGCGUUGGCUCGCCAGCGGUCUCUUGCGCGAGUUCUUCUGCGGGACCUUCCCCAGGCUCCUCCAGUGCGGUCUGGCGCAAGAAGAGCGACGACAAGGGCGAGGGCUCGGGCCUUUCGUCCCCGGCGUCUGCACACCCGCGGGCCUUCCCCACGCAGACAGAGAGCGCGGACGAGAAAGACGACGACUGUCUCUCCUCGCUUCCCGACUUGACGCCCCUCGACUCGCUGUCUCCGAUGCUCUCGGCCUCGACCUGCGACCUCCGCGCCGGGCGGAAGGAGGGUGACAAGUCCCCACCUCUUGCGGGGGACAGCCGCCGAAACUCCCUCAGCGUCGGCUGCGCGGGCGCCACGGCCUCGCCGGCCUUCGCCGGGCCGAAGCCGGGGCCGCUCCCGGGAGCUUCGCCUCUGAAGCCUGGGAAGCGGAGCGCGAACAGCAGCCGACGGAGCAGCGUUUCGCUGCGCGGUCCGCCGGGGGCGCGCGUCGGAAAGACCCGGAGGGUCGACGAUCGCCGCGCCGGCACCGAGGACGGGGACUUGGACGACUUCGCCUCCUCGCCCGACCUCAGCAGCGUCGCCAGCAGCGCCAGCUCGCCGCUUGUCGGCGUCGUGACUCGCGGGUCCUCUUUCCAGAGCAAUCCACCGUUCUCGCCGCUGCUGCUUCCCGGCUCCGCCACGGCUGCCACCCGCGCCGGCAAACUCGAGGGCUUGAAGCUCGGAGGUCCGCGCAGUGUCGGGACUCCGAGCGUCGGACCGGCUGGGCCUCCACCUGUUUGUGGGGACUCUGAGGCGAAUGCUUCGGGCGAGGGUGCAGGCGGAGGCGGUCCGCGCGAGUUCUCCAAGGUUGGGCGACAAAGUCGAGGCCGCCGGCCGUCUCUCGGAUCAGCUGGGGGCGAGUCCCAGGGCCCGAUCGUUGAGGAGGAGAGCGCGUGGGGUCGCGAGGACCAGACGGGCGCGCUUUCGCUGCUGCCUCCCCCUGCCUUCUCUCCGGCUGCGGGGCCUGCGCAGUCGCGGGAUGAGGCCUUCUCGUCGAACGAAGGCCGUGAGCACGGAGGCCCGCUACAUCUGUCUGCGAGGCCGGCGCAGGCCUCGACCCGCUCGCUUCUCGUCGACGCUGUUCAACAGCUUUUGAGUGGGGCGAAUCUCCGGAAAAGCUUGCUGUCUGGCGAUGACGAGGGGGGCUCUCAAAACAGCUUCGCGGGACGAUCGCCCGGGGACCCGCGCCCGACCGCCGACGCCGGAGGCAGAUCGGAGGAUCGGCAGAGCGUCCUCGCGUCGAGUGCGGAGGCCCUGCUGAUGUCUUUGAAGAAAGGAGCACGAAACUUCGACCAAGAGGGAGCCCAGGGCGCGGGGGGUGUCUCCCUGUCGUCGACGGCGGCGCUGCUCGCGGCUGUAGCCCUGCGAGUCAAGGAGCGGGAAGCGGCGAAGGCGAAGUCCGAGGAAGAACCCAACAGCGUCGGCGCGCCCAGCGGCGCAGGAGGUGGAAAAGGGAAGCCCGUGCUUCCUGGCCCCGCGGCCGCACUCGAGGGGCCUCCCGAGAAACUCCCCAACUCGCCGCUGUCCACUGGACUCGGAGGUGGCUAUGGGGCGCGCAGCCCACUGCCGGGUGCAGGCUCGGCGGCCGGGCGGGGGUCUUGUCGGCCAGUCUCUGGAGGUCCUUCUGAGGGUGGGCGAGGCGUGGUGGGUCAAGGCGCGGGUGAGAAGAAAGUGAAGGAAGACGAGGUGGACCAAGACGAACAGAUUCAGCGACUGCACCGGUUUCUGAACGCCAAUGGAAUCGUUGUGACCGAGGCCUUGCAGGCAGCAACCGCGGGGAACGGACCCCGCAAAGCUGGGCUCCGAGGCGCGGACGAAAACGACAAGGCCUUGGUGUCUGUGAGGGCGCGCCUGGCAUCGGGGCCUGGUCCCGCCAGCGCCUUCCGGUGCGCGCCGCGGACCCGCGGGAACACAGUCCGCGAGGCGCCCUGGAGACCCAACGCGCAAGGCGGACCACCGUUGGGGGCCAGUUUGAGUGCGCAGCGGGGCAGCGGGCAGAGUUUCGAUGGCCCCGGAGGGGAGAACGACGAAAAGCUCGGCGAGGAACGAAAAGACGAAGGCAUGGUGAACGUCUACCAGGUGUAUGCACAACAUAUUCUCCACGACAUGGGGCAGAGUCAGGUGGCUGGGGCUCGGGACGGACCUGACCCACUGAAGGAGCUGCUGCGGGCGUCGAACUUCUUCGCGAUCGACGCUCGAAAACGUCUCCUGCUGAGGACUGGCGGAUGCAGGGGCCGACGCGGGGACGAUGACCUCGACAGAACGGGUGUCCCGGCGCAUGCAAGCGGCCGGACCGGCGAGAGCCCGCCGCUGAGCCCAGAACGUCGAGCCGAAUCCCGGGCCCCCACUCCGCCGGAGUUUGGCGGCGCGGGCCCCAGUUCUUCUCGAGGGCGCGGGUGUCUCCCGGCUGUGGGUUCGGGGGUGACGACUCGGAUGACGACUCGCGCGGCCACCCGGGCGAGCCGCGGUGGGUGCGGCGGCGCGCUCGCCAACGGCGGCGAGGAAGACAAGGAGACUCCCUGGAUGUGCAACGGGGUACCCGUGAGCUGCAGAGAUCCGUUCCUGAGCGAAGACAAGGACAUGCAGCAGUACUACAACUGUGGGCAGUACGCGGGGGACCCUUGGGGCGUGGACCGGACCCGGCUCGCAGGCCUCGGGCUUGGGGCCUCGGGGCUGCAGACCCGGCGACAGGGCCUCCGGAGCGCGGCGACGGAGGAGGAGGACGACGAAAAGGAGGAGGAGACUGAGCCUACGCACGAUCCGACGACGUUCAAUUGGCAAACGAACUCAGCGAUUCGUCAGCAGAAAGCCGCUCUCAAGCUGCUGAAGGAAAUCACGCAGUGGGGCUGGAAGUCGAUCUACGAACACGAAGACUUCUUCCUCGAAAAGCUCGUGAAGAAGCAACUGAAGACGGCGGAGCUCGUCCUAGAAAACGAGAUUGUCAAGUACUCUUUCCCGCAGCUCGUACCUGUCUUGGGCGCCGACACAGACCGAAACGCGCGCCUGCAGAAGGGCCGCAGCCGGAGAAAGGACGGACUCCUCGCGGCUUGGGGCCGCGAAAGCCGGGCGUGGUUGCGGGUCGCAGGCGACGGGGAGACGUCAAACGGGGCGAGACCUGCAGAGGAGGCAGACGAAGAGCGAGAAGAAAACGCGCCGCAGCGCGAGGUCCGCAUCGAGCCCCAGGACUUCUUUUCAGGCUGCGACUCGCCGGUCCGCUGGGGCGCAGGCGAAGAGGGCGACCUGGUCCCCGCGUCCGAGGACCGAGAAGAGGGCCUCCGCUCGGCCUCCGAGGAGCGGUGGCGGGGCGAACUGGUUGUCGAGCAGGAAUACCACAUGAUUCACGGACCCAUGUGCAGGGCGACGCGCCGAGGCUGCGGACCGGUCUCCGCGCAGGCGGCACCCCACGGCUCUCACUCGAAUUCGGGGGGACAAACGGCCUCGGAAUGUCCGCCUGGAGGCGAGGACCCUGUGGGGUCUCUAUGUGAGGCAACGGCGAAGCAGUUUCUGGAGAAUCCCGAGGAGUAUUCGCGGCUGAUGGCCUGUCAGGCUGGCGCGAAAGGCGAGGCCUUCGUGACGGUUGCGGAGGCUUUGGGGUCGACGCGCGGGGGACUGGCGUCGGGCCGCGAAGGUGGAGACACCACAGAGGGACAACGCAGGGAGAAAACGCCUCUCAGUCUCGAAUGCCUCGCGCGGCUCCUCGCCACUGCUGCGGCGCACCGACAGAAAGCUGCAGGGGCCUCGGAGGCCCCGCGACGCUGGCGACCGCGGUCGGAACCGGCCCGCGACGCCCCUGGAGCCCCAGGCCCCGGGGGGGCGCCACCCCAGGAGGGCGCGGCACCGCGGCCUCUCGGAAAUCGCGGGACGAGGCCAGGGCCUUACUGUGGGGGAGCGCAGCCGGUGCCUGGGGGUGCGGAGGUCGGGCUUCCAGCUCGUCUCCUAAACGCGCUUCGGGGUCAAAGCAAUGCGAUGGACGGCGCCCAGGCCGCCCUGUCUCUUGAGGAUGACUCGCAGGCCGCGGAGACCGCCCGCGCGACUCCAGGGGGAAAGGGAUCUUCCCUCCCGAUGAAGGCGUGGCUGGAGCGGCUGCUGUCGGCUGCUCGUCAGACAGGCCUCCCAGCAGGCCCAAAUCUCCCGACUUCUGUCUCUGGCUCGGCUGCUGCGGCCAAGGCGGCGACAGGGUCUUCGUGUGCCUCGGCUUUGAUCGAUCAAGUGACGCGACUCCUCGCGAAGCGACAGGAAGAGCGAAGGCUCAUGCAAAUGCGCGAGGUCGAGAGGAAGCUGCUGCAGAUGCGUGACGAGCAGCGAGUGAGAAGGAACGUCCACAUUGGUGGCGAGGACCGGCGCGCCCGUGGGCUUCCUGGCCUCUCUCUGCGUACACAGACCGGCGGACCGCAGAAGAAGAGUGUGCCGGUGCCCCAGACGUCCGACCGUGAGGCGGGACAGGAGCCGCAGGGGGCUCGUGCGUCGCCGGGCCGGCGCUCAGUGGGCUUCUGGACCCGGAGCGCGGGCGGCGAGACCCCACAGGAGACAGGCGAGAUGGAGACAGACCGAGGAGAGACUGGUGGGGAGCGAGGAGGGGAAGGACUCCAGGGUGACUCGGAGCUGAGCGAGAAGGAACUGGCGGAACCGCGUGGACGCCAGGAAGGAUGCACCGGCGAAGGCUUGGAAGGCGGUGUCUCGAACAGACUGUCUCCGGCGUUUCUGUCGAAGGUGGGCUUUGGGAGGAACUCAGGUCUUGCGGCUUCGAAACCUGACAGUGGCGUAAGCGAGGAAACGCACUCGACUUCGACGGCGUCUGCGGCGAGAGGCCGUUUCUCUUCCUUCGCCGCGACGCUUCGAGCUUCGGGGGCUGUCGCCUCGCCCGCAUUCGCCUCUGCAGGUUCGAAGGAGGAGCGCGGCUCGUCCUCGAAGGCGGGAGUUCUGGCCGGGACAGGCGCCUCGACAGAAAACGGUUUCUCAGGAGUGGCGAGUGAGGGAGUGAGCACGGCCCACACGAGCGCCGCGGCCUCGCCGUCCUUCCCCGCGGCCGCUGCCUCGAGCGGAGCCCAGGCGCAGGGCUCUCUGGGGAGGAGGGUGGGGCCAGCGGAGACGGAGAAGAAGCGAGCUCGGGAGAGUUGCUCGGAGAGUCCGGGAGGCGGCUUGCCUCAGAAACAGGCCCGGGCAGAGCGAGAGGGGAAGAGGAGCGAUGGAUUUCUCUCCGCAGGCGCGAAGAAUCCGAUUCCGCCCUUCCUCUCCACAGGCGCGGGAGGGAGCAGCGCGGGAGAGGUCAACAGCAGCAGCAGCAGUUCUGGGUACUUUUCCUCUCUGAACGAGGCGCCGGGGCCAUGCUGGACCGGCGAGGAGGUUUCCACGAGCGAAGGCAGUCUCGCGCUGUCCUUCUCGGCUUCUUCGGGGACGCUGUCGGGACAUCGCGAAGAGACGCCGGAGUACGCAGCUGCAGGCGAAGUCUGUUACGAGAAACACGGCCAGACAGUGCCCAAGGGAGAAGAAGAAUCCGCGUGCGAACGCUUCGCCGCGGAGCCGUUUCUCCGCACAGAAGCGGUCGGAACAGACACACACCAAGCCGACUAGGUCGAGAGCACCUCACGCGCGGUCGCAGGGGGGGGGGGGAGACGCCGGAGGGGAAGCGAAAAGAGGGACAGAAAAAGGGGGGGACCGUGUGUGCACUCCUGUGGAGGUGAAGAAACCAGGAUUGUGGGUCGUCAAAAUCAAAGUCUUCGCGACGGCAAAAACGAACUGGGCAGUCGCAGGACUUGAGGAGAAACAGGGAACCGCCGGUGAACAGGCGACAAGACAGAGAAGUCUUCAAACAUGUCUCGAUCCUGUGUACACAGAAACGUACACACCCAUCUGCAUGCAUCCCCUUCUUCAGUUUAUUGCAUGCGCAUAUUGCGUUUUUUUCUCUUGUAAGGAUACGUUUUCAACGGUUGUCUGGAACUGUGGGGUCUCUCGAAUGCAGAUCUGUGCUUUUUAAAUUGACUAUUUCAAACUCUUUUUCGCGGUCUCUUCAACUUGUUCCACCACGUAUCCCGCGUACCGGGUGCGAGGGGCGAUGUCUAAAGAGCUCUUCCUUCUCUGCCAGGUGCUCUCUCACCUUGUCUUUCAGCCAGGGGCUGGAGAGCCGCAGGCGCAGCGUGUCUCUGUGCCGCUCUCUUUUUUUCUCUCGUUUCUUUUCUCUUCUCUGAAGCGAAAAGCCUCGGCGACCUGGAAACGCAUGCGCCUUCCAGGGACACCAUGCACUCUUGCACUUGACGCGACGACGGCUCUCUGCUGGCCCAAGCUUCUGAACGAACUCCUGACGGAUGCAUGCAUCAAAAGGCCCUCGCACGGCUAUUCGCCUGCUCGCAGCCCCACAAAUCUACACAGACAUCUUCGUUUUCUUUUGGACAUUUGCCAACGUCACCUGCGUUUCCCUCACGCGUGUAGGAGGCCCAAGUGGCUGUAUACACAUUCGUAUGUACAUCUCCAUCUGUCCGUGUACAUAUAUGUGUAUAUUUAUAUGUAUUCAUAUAUUUAUAUAUAUUUAUAUAUUUAUAUGUAUAUAUAUAUAUAUAUAUUUAUAUGUAUGUGUAGCGUCGUGUGCAUUUACUUCUAGCUGUUCCUCGCAUGCACGUUGUUUUGAGGAGUCUCGUGGGUGCCUGUCUCGUUCGGAGAAGAAAGGAAAGAGCCUGGGAGGAGAGAGCAGAGGUGUGCGAAUUCGUUUCACGGAGGCAUGUUUUCUGGAGUCUGCCGAGAGCGUGAGUGGGUGUGCGACGCAGGGGGGCUGACAGGAAAGUCGCCUCGAAGGCUGUGGGGUGUCUCUGUUCAGGAAGACCACUCUGGUGUUACUGCAUGCGUUUUUUUUAGUUCCUUGCGAGUUCCAGACUCGAUUUUGAUACAGGGAGAGGGGAAGCGGAGAACUUGAAGUCGGGGGAAAAGUCUUCUCCCGCCAGGGCGCACGCACAGGCGCGCGUUUCAAGCGAGGCGGUGCCAUCAUUUUGUACACUCGACAAAUGUCAGCGAACUGCUCUGUCGCGUCCAGAGUCGAACGAGCAGAACCAUGCUCUUCUCGUUUGUGCGUCUCCGAGACGGCUCGAAGGAGAGGACAGGAGCUGUCACAUCCAGCGUGUAGGAAGCGAAAGGCCAGAAGACACAGGAAAAGGAAUCUACACAUCGGUUUCUCGCAGAGGUCUUCGAUGAAAGGAGGGCGCUUGAAAGCAGCUGCGGACGCAGAGGCUUGUCGCUCUCUCACACGGGUGCGUCGGUGUCGCGGGGCGUCUCGCUAAGCGUGAGUGAGAGAAGAGCGACUGAAAAUCGCAAGCAAAGAAACUUGACCUCUUGUUUCUGCAUAGGCCAAGAAAGUUGGCGAACAAAGGAGAGUCCGCGGAGAAGGGGAGGGGUGAAGCUUCAGAAGCAACAGCGAACAAGCACAAAGAAAAGCAGGCAAACCACAUCCGAACUGAAACUCGGCUUUUUUUGCGUUUAGCGCGUACACCCGUCUGAAGUGCAUGGCGAGCAGUGACUCUGCAGCCUCGCAGAAAGAGUGGAAAAACGCCCUUUCUGGCAUUUGCGUCUGAGGCAAAGUGUAUGCACACACACAAACGCCCACAUCGACCUGCUUCGAAACGAACUCAGCAGAAAGCGACAGACAACCUCUCCGGAGAUACGCGACUGUGAGACCCCCUUCCACAACAGGUGAAAGUGCAUCUGCCUCUAUCUGUGUCUACAAAGCAGAUAAAAGGUCUCUGUAUGAAGAGCCUCUGAGAGAGGCUGAGGUUUGUAUGUAUGUGUGUGAAUUCGCCGUGUCUUCGUCGCUCUGUGCUGGGGACUCGCGUUUCGCGCACAAGCCGACGGGGGGAACGGGGACAGAACAGCGGAGACAAAGUUCUCUCUCUCUGACCGCCUGCAUGGCCUUUUGUUGCAGAAGGGUCUGGAGAGAGGCUGAGAAGACUUCUCAGACCUCGCUGAAGAAGAAACGGGGCGCGCAUGCACGCGGUGGAAAAACCUAAUCUUUGUUUCAGAGUCACCACGAGAGAACGUCUACACGCGCUACUGACGCGAGGGGUCCGAGUUAAACAUCUCGUGACACAAGCAAAAAGAACAGUGUCUCUCCACAAAAACAGUCCUUCCCUUGCCGAAGCACAGAUGUCCUACACAUGCAAACUCGCUUCUCAACAGUCCCAGUCACAUCUACACAAACAGCUAGCUACACAUGUGUAAAGUUAUGCCCAUCUAUCCCUGCAAGCACAUAUGUAUAUACAUACAUGUAUAUCCGGCGAUCUAUAGUUCUGCCUGUAUAGGUAUCUAUAUAUCUAUAUGUAUAUAUAUAUAUAUAUAUAUUUAUAUGCAUGGGUACGUCUGUAUGUAUGUGUCUAUUCAUCCAUUUGCACAUGCACGGAUCUAUUUGAAGAUCUAUUUGCAUGCAUACACAUCUGUCCAUCUACGAAUGCGUACCCCCUGUACGUAUGUACGUCAAGAAAUCUGUUGAUACGCCGAUCGUCGCAGACUAGCACAGUGUGGAGUUCGUCGGCGCCGGUCACUUUUUCCUCCCAAACGGAGGAAAGACGAGGAGAAAGGAAGGCCGGGCAGAGAAGAAAAGCUGUUUUUUCACUGGUCUGUUGAACAUCCGAGACGGUCGGGAACAA